AUGAGAAGGUUGAAGAUAGAGCUAGAGCUAAGGAAAGCCUACGCGGUUUCACACUCAGAUUUUUCAAACAAUCGAUUUUAUAGAGGAAUCCCUGAUGCAGUUGUCGAACUUCAUGGUCUUCUAGUGCUCAAUCUCUCACACUACAACCUAACUGGUCCCAUCCCAUCGUCAUUUGGAAUGUUAAUUCUGUUACAAAAUAAUCUUGUCGGACCCAUUUCACAUGGGAAACAAUUUGAUACUUUUGACAAUGAUUCCUAUAGCGGUAACUUGGCGUGGUGUGGCCUCCCACUUUCAAAGAAAUGUGGCAACGAUAAGGGACCAAAACCACCUACACCAGUGUUUGUGGAAGAUGAAGGUUCUGCAAUGCCCUUUAUUUGGAAACUUGCAAUGAUGGGCUACGGAUGUGGAUUGGUGUUCGGAUUGAGCAUGGGAUACAUUGUUUUCACAACUGGAAGACCAUGGUGGUUUGUUAGAACGAUUGAGAGAGAUUGGCAGAAGAAUGUUACGAGUGGUGAUCGAACUGAAUUUGAGGAAGAUACGCACCCUACUUCCAUAGAAUCUGGCUGGAAAGAACUUGGAGAACUUAUUUCACUGCAAAUGCUCAACUUCUUUCACAACAACUUCGCUGGUCCUAUCCCACCAUCCUUAGGAAAUAUGGUAGCACUUGAAUCGUUGGAUCUCUCAUCAAACAAGCUUGGUGGCAGAAUUCCUUCCCAAUUGACAAAUCUGACAUUCCUUGCAGUGUUAAACCUGUCAGAAAAUAAUCUCGUCGGACCAAUUCCCCAUGGGAAUCAAUUUGAUACGUUUGAUAAUGAUUCCUACAGCGGUAACUUGGGAUUGUGUGGCUUACCAUUGUCAAAGCAAUGCGAUAACCGUGGGUGA